ACGCCCAGUGUGCUCCUUGUGCUUUGCUUUGCCCCAGUCUUCAAGUUAGGUGAAUACAAAUUGUCUAGCAUGCGGCGUUACUUACAUAGGUAGAUUUCCAACACGGAGAACCCAUUGUUAGUGGUGUUUUACCUGGUUUGCAUUUUUUUUUUAAAUCGUAUUUUAUUUUUAAACCACGGAGUCGUUGUCAAUAAGGCCGCGAAUGGGGUGUUGUUGCUGGGAGACCAUUCUGACUCUCCUCCCCUGCUAGCACCAUUAGCUGGGUCUGGCUACGAUGUGCGGCUGGCGGCGGAGUGUUUUCUACGCAGAGGCCCACUGGGAAGCGAGGCGGGUUCUCGGUUGAUUAUUUACUCCGCUUGGAUCGAAGGGCGACUUGGAUAUACACGUUUUAAGGAUGGCUGUUGAUUUGUGUGCGGGGGACAGUAUGAGGAGGAAAGUGGACUUGACCGGGUCCACGGAAGGCAGUAUGGAUGUCAUACCCUUGGAGAUGUAUGACUCUGCGAGAGCCAAAAUAGCUGCCAACUUGCAGUGGCUAUUUGCUAAAGCCUACGGCAUUGACCAUAUACCUGAGGACUUAAGGGACCCCUUCUACACAGACCAGUAUGACCAGGAACACAUCAAACCACCAGUCAUCCGGCUGCUGCUGUCCUCUGAGCUUUACUGCCGAGUCUGCGCCCUCAUCCUCAAGACUGAGCAGGCCGCAUCCCUCCAGUCACACCACUCUGUCAUUCAGUCUCUGGACAGGAAGGGCAUUUAUGUAGUGGAGAGCGACAACACAGCCGUCACAGAGGAGGACCUGGCUGGUAUGCCCAUUAAAAUGAGUGCCCACAUACCCAUGAUUGAUGCCCUUAUGAUGGCCUACACAGUGGAGAUGAUCAGCAUUGAGAAAGUAGUCGCCUCUGUGGAGCGCUUCUCUACCUUUAAUCCUUCCAAGGAGCUUCCCUUUGACUUGGAGGACGCCAUGGUUUUCUGGAUCAACAAGGUGAACACGAAGAUGAGGGAUAUUAGCGAAAAGGAGCACAAAGUCAAGCACCAUCUUCUGGAAUCGCCCAGUCACCAAAAGGUACGGUAUCGACGGGAGCAUGCGUCUGGCCGCCAUCUGCCUUUCUUUCCACUGCUGGAAGAUUUGAUGAGAGAUGUCUGUGAUGGAGCUGCGUUGCUCGCGGUUGUCCACUACUACUGCCCAGACCUCAUGAAGCUGGAGGAUAUUUGCCUGAAGGAAGUUCCCUCCAUGGCCGAUAGCCUGUACAACAUCCAGCUGCUCAGAGAGUUUGCUAAUGAGUAUCUAAAUAAAAGUUUCUAUCUGACAACAGAAGACAUACUCUACUCACCUCUUGUGCUUAAGCACAAUGUGAUUGUUUUCAUUGCUGAACUCUUCUGGUGGUUUGAGACUGUCAAGCCAGAAUUUGUCCUGCCCAGGGAUCUACAAGAGUCGAAGGAUGCUCGAGCCAUUGCUCAGCCAAAGAGUUCUCGUCCAUCAGUGCCCAUCUCCAACGCCACCAAGCGGAGCUUCCUGGCCAGUCCUGGUGUGUCGGAAAACCAGAGCGGCCCAGAAAUCUGUAGCAGUAGAGGUGGUCCAUCAUUCAGUCCUUCCCACCCACUCUUGCCUUUACGCCAGAGGCAACAGAAGCCUCAAGGAGAUGAUUGUGCAGGUCUAAGGAACCGCUCGAAUUCCUUGACCCAGAUGGACAGACAGGCCCGAGGUUCUGUUAUCGCUUGGCCCGACAAGAGACAGAGGCCUGUGUCCACGCUGAGCCCCUUCAUGUGCCAUUCAGCUGCAGACAGUGAUGCAGAUGUUGCUUCCGGCGACAGUGUCAGCCUGGCCCGCUCAAUAAGUAAAGACAGCCUGGCGUCCAAUGUCAUCAACGUAACUCCGAAACACCAGACUUCAGUUCACCAACCCACGCUAACCCAGAUGCGCAGAGUCAAUGGUCAUGGCCUCUUGGCAAAAGUCAACCUGGAUUACGAGGAAGAAUCUCUGGUGGCAGUGGCCAAGACAGAGCUUGCCGCCGUCUGCAAAAAUGACGGGAGCCAAGCGUCUGCCGCUGUGGAACCAGAGUCAAAGUCCAAACCUGCACCCGAUGGCUUUUACUUAGAACCGCUGAUGCCUGCUGUGCUGAAACCAGCUAAAGAGAAGUCUGUAUGCCUGAACAAGGAGGAGGAGAGUGGAGAGGCGCUCCGGUCCUCUGGAAGUGGCUUCUUACACAGGGGAGAUGGAUCAUCUCCUGCUGUUCAUAAGAAAGCCGCCAUCAGCCUGAACAAAACAUUUAUCUGUGCAGGUGAGGAGCCUGACUCAUCAGACAAGCCUCUUCAGGCUCAGGCAGGUUUCAGACCCAUUGCCACCACCAGCGUAGACCCCUCAUCAAAAGAGCCCAGUGGAGGGUUCUACCUGCAUUCAGAUUCCGAGGAGACAAAGCCUUGCCCAAGCUUUGAUGCAGACCUUGAUGACGAGGACGAUGAUUUGGAUGAGGCUGUUACCACAAAAGAGCUAGCUUGGCCUAGGAAAAGCUUUAUUGAGGAUGAUGAAGAGGAAUCAGCUAAACUCCAGGAGGACAUGAAUGUCAAAGAGCACGAGGACAAAGACAUUAACGGCUGCAGCGGUCGCUCCAGCCCCUGCCUUAGCGCUUACUCGCAAGCCAGCAGCAUGGCCAGCGGAAGUGUGCGUAUGACCUCGUUUGCGGAGCGUAAAGCCCAGCAGCAGCGCUUCGGCAGUAACCACGACCUGCGCUCCAGUGCUUCCAGCUCGCAAAGGACCACUCCAGAUGGAUCAGAGAGCAGUGGGCCCCUGGCCUCCUCCUGGAGGCUCAAAAGAGAUCAGAGUCCCUCGUCACCCUUGGGAGGUUGCAAUCGUGCUGGUGAUGGGAGCGGCGGUGCCAAUGUUCUUGCAUCCGAAAUUGUACAGCUGCGCAUGCAGCUAGAGGAAAAGCGCCGUGCCAUCGAGCAUCAGAAGAAGAAGAUGGAAGUGCUGUCAGCCCGGCAGCGGCAGAAGCUGGGUAAAGCUGCCUUCCUGCAUAUAGUGAAGAAAGGUGGCGGCAAGGGUGCCACGUUGCCCAAUCCACUUAAAGCCGACCCCUCCAAAGACGAGCUCAAUGGAGAAAAAGUCACAUCACCGGCUAAAGACGAUAUGUGUGUUGAUACCCUGAGAGGCAACAUUGAGCUGAAGGGACCCACCCCCUCAGGUGCCCUAGAAGCAGACAAGAAGGGAAGCAAUGGCAGCUUCUACCAAGAAGAAGAGUUGGACCUCAAUGAGUGCAACCGAUCCAUCGAGCUGCUGCAUGAAGCCAUUGGCAGCAUUCAGCAGCAGAUGAUGCAACUGUCCCUUCAGCAGGAGAUGAUGAUGAAGCAGAAUGUACUCUCCCCUCCCGGUGCUACUCAUCAGGCCCUCACAACUGACAAAAACAGUGAGUCUAAAGCCGAAGCCACUUCUAACUACGUGGAGCACCACUCCACAGGCACCGCCCCCACGAGGAAACCUCCCAAACUGAGCUCAGGCCGAAGCGCCAGAUCCAAACCGUCAGACUUAAAGACGAGCAAGGAGCAAAGUCGGCACGUCUCCAGGACCCUGACCCCUUCCCAGGGUGGGACAGACACACAAACGCAUCCAAGGCAAUCAGCUGGGGGCAGGUCCCCCAGGAACGAGCAUCCCGACCCACACGGCCUCAGAAACCCUCCAGCAGGAGAGACCACAAACAAAACGGCCUCUAGCCUAGCUCAAAACACCACCUUUAGGCUUCAUGACGAUGCAAACGUGCGACUACCGACCAGAGUGGACCUGAAUGCGGUGUCUGCUCCUGAAGUGUCUUUUGACGACUGCCUGUCCAGCACCCUGCGAGACUCACAGCUCAACUCCUCAGAUUCGGGCAAAGAGAACGUGCCAUCGGAGGAAGCGCAGCGCAGCAAAGUUCACCUGAUCGAGGUCGAUAUGUCAGCGCUGAAGGACCCCGAGGAGGACGAGGCUUCUGACAGAACCGCAGAUGAAGGAGAUGCAGAGCAGAAGUCAGUCAUGGGCUUCUUCUUCAAGGACGAGCAGAAAGCAGAGGACGAGCUUGCCAAGAAGAGAGCGGCCUUCUUGCUGAAGCAGCAGAAGAAAGCGGAGGAGGCUCGUCUCCGCAAGCAGCAGCUAGAAGCAGAAUCCGAGCUCAAGCGUGACGAGGCCAGGCGGAAGGCUGAGGAGGAUCGCCUGCGCAAGGAGGAUGAGAAGACGCGGAGGGAGCUGAUAAAGCAGGAAUACCUGCGGAGGAAGCAGCAGGAGAUCUUUGAGGAGCAGGGUCUCGUGAAGCCCAAGACUCCCAAACCCAAGCAGAAACACAGACCCAAGACCAUCCUCAGGGAGGAGUCGUCCAGCGACAACGUCUCAAAAUGCUCUUCUUCAACACCCGACAACCUGAGCACGGCUCAGUCAGGAUCCAGUCUGUCGCUGGCCUCCGCUGCCACCAACGAGGCUGACAGCGUCAACUCCGGGGGCGCAGGCUCCAACCGCUGCGACUCGGUGGAGUCGUUCCCCGGAAGUCGUAGCCACACUCGGGCCGCGGAAAGGGACUGGGACAACGGCUCCACCGCGUCGUCCAUCGCGUCCCUGGCUGAGUACACUGGCCCGAAACUUUUCAAGGAGCCAAGUGCCAAAUCAAACAAGCCAAUCAUCCACAACGCCAUCUCACACUGCUGUCUGGCCGGAAAAGUCAACGAGCCGCAGAAGAAUCAGAUCCUUGAGGAGCUGGAGAGGUGCGAGUCCAAUCACAUGAUGAUCCUGUUCCGCGACGGCGGCUGUCAGUUCCGGGCGCUCUACUCUUACUUCCCGGACACGGAGGAGAUCCACAAGCUGACGGGCACGGGGCCCAAGAAUAUCAGCAAGAAGAUGAUCGACAAGCUGUACAAGUACAGCUCGGACCGCAAGCAGUUCACCGUCAUCCCCGCCAAGACCGUGUCGGUCAGCGUGGACGCUCUGACUAUCCACAACCACCUGUGGCAGGCCAAGAGGAGCGCGGCGGCCAAGAAAAGCGCAAAAUAGCAGGCGGGGUUCACUGGACCUCCCCUCGCUCACCCUCCCCUAAUCAUCUAGCGCCAUCUUGCUUUGUUUGCCACAUUUGAUGCUCGCCGGCGUGCACGGUUUUUCCUAGGGUCGGGUCACGGGGACAAGUCGCUUGCAGAACAAGAAAAAUGCCGCCUGGAUCGGCUUCUUUGCUACGUGCGACACGUUCAGGCGCGUGGCUGGUUUACACUACGUAUUCACGGCGAGCUCAGCCGCAGCACUGAAGGAAGAAGGGUCACGGAGGCUUUUUGACACAAUCGCUUCCUGUUUCAUGGUAUCACGGUGGCACUUCUGUCCCACCGGGAAGUACUUAAAAAGAACUUGCUGCUUAGCCUUGUUAACAGGAUCUAGGGAAAUUUUUGGCCUUGAAAACAUCGUGGUCCUUCUUGUCCAACUGCCUUUUAAAAUGCCGCAGAUUGUGUGCGUGUGUAUAGCAAAGGUAAGACACGAACGGUGGUCAUUUUAACUUUUAUUUAUCCAAGCACCCCUUUUUUUUUAUCAGGGGUGUCUAAUGAGGGAGAUUACUGAUCUUUGGUGCAGAUGUUUUUUUUUUUUUUUAAUUAUUAUUAUUAUUAUUUUGGUUGAAUUUUUCUCCUGCAAAGUGGCGUGUUGUCCAGUUUGAGCUAAUGUUGUAUGUUUUGUCAUGACAACAGACCUCCUCUGAUGUGUAGAGCGUAGUUGUGUUGGCUCUCCAGCGGGCCACGUGCAGACAAAAAGGUUCACAUGAACACACACACACACACACACACACACACACACACACACACGUCAUGCAAUGUAAACCACCGAGCGCCGCCAUUAAAGAACAUUCCUCCAAGGUUUUGACACACACUGCCCACGUGGUCUCGUCUAUGUCUACAAGUGCUUCUUCACGCGACGGCAAACCACCACCAGCACUUUACUUUUGUACCAAGCACUAGAGAGGCGAAGAGGUCUCGUACUACUGCGAGUGUUUGUCUUCAUCAAAAAGCAUUGUAUGGGCAUCGGGUCACCAUUUGAGUUACACUGGUCUCCUUUUAUUUUCAUCCUGCUUUUUAUAUUUUUAUCCUUUUGAGCUCAUGCCAUCUAUUUAUUUUGAUACAGUAGCACGCUGAAAUUGAAUUAAA